AUGUUUGCAAUUCGCAAAAAGCCUUAUAAGCCAGAUAAGCAGAGUCACAUGGCAGCAAAAAAAAACGGCUGUGCUCGGCCGGCUCGCCCACAUAUGGCGCAGCUCACACUCAUUACUUAUUUCGUCGAGCUUCUCGCCCCGCGUGAUAAAGGGCCAGGCAAAGAGAAAGAUAAACCGAACGAGAACAACGAGCAGGAGAUGAGCACGGAGGGUCUGACGGAAGAGGAGCGCAUCGUUCUAUGCGCUUCAAAAGUUCUCGAAGAGACGAUUGUGCACAAUGGCGAUAACUCCAGCGAAUUUCCGAUUCGUUCAGUGAAUAUGCUGAUUCGAGCGUCUCGCAAACAUCAAAUGCUUGACAAAUUCCUCGACAUCAUCCUGACAGAAAAGGGCAAAAACUUAUGUUGUCCGAUUGUAAAUGACAAAUUCCCGGGCACUCUUGGAAGGCCGAAUGUGUUCGCAUUGAAACUCUUCAAAUUCCCAUGGAUUCGAUACGAGACCCAGAUUCGCUCGACACCAAAUUGUCAAUUUCCAUACAAAAAGCGGAGGAAAGUGGCGUGCAUAAAUCCGCAUCACUACAAGCCAGCCGAUACACCUCAUCCGCCACUUCCGCCAAUUGCCAUCAACAAAAAUCGCGAUUUCGGCGCGCCGCCGACAAAUCCCUAUUUUAUGUCAGUUUCGGCAUCGCCGGAGGGACCAUUAAAUCACUUUCACGAACUAGCGCCAAAUGUCACUGUUCAAGGCGACGAACUUCGGGAUUUCUACGACAAAAUCGCGCUUCGCGACAACAUCACGCCACCGAAUCCGGCGCUGCCGAGAACACCGCCGUUGGGUUUCGAAGGACUCGACAAAUCGCCGCAAUUUUGCAUAACUGAUAUAAAUAUGAAAGAGAUUGGCGCCUAUGAGUUUCGCGACACAGAGAUGGAAGUCGACGAGAUGGAGGUGACGCCGCGCACUCCAACCGAGAAGCUGCCGCAAUACACCAACGGGAUCGGCGAUAUCGCACAACCAUACGAUGAGAACCGCUUCGAGUACGUCGAGCUCCAACAACUUGAAACCUGGGCCACCGUGUGCUAUUACGAAGAAUCCGAAGCGGUUUCGCAAGUCUACAAUGUGUCGACGACAAAUUUCCUUAUCGAUGGUUUCACGGGUUCAAGUAAGGUCACCGAUCGCCUAUCUCUCGGAUAUUUCAACAACGUGAAACGAGAUAAUAUGAUCAACGACAUUCGACGGACAAUCGGCAGAGGAUAUCGAAUGUAUAAUUUGGGAGGCGAGAUAUUUAUUGAAUCGCUAGCCGACAUUCCGUUAUUCAUUCAAUCGGCUAGCUAUAAUUUGAAAAAGGGAUUCCGCAGCAUGACGGUUGCCAAGCUUCUUCCAAAUUCCACCAUCAAAUUGUUCAACAAUCUUCAAUUCGCCCAGCAACUCAACGCUGCCGCUGAUAAAACAUUCCAAGACGUGUACGCGCUCACAAGGCUAUGCACGGUUCGAAUUUCAUUUGCCAAAGGAUGGGGAGCACAUUACAAACGCCCAUCGAUAGUCCGAUCUCCCGUCUGGGUUGAGACCCAUUUCACAUCGCCACUCAAAUGGAUCGACGACGUGCUUCGAUGUAUGGGUGCCCCACCACUGAUCUGCUCUUCCCGAACUUAA